AUGUCUUGUUUAUCAGAGAGCGCCGGCUACUUUGGUCCUAGUAGCGUUCUGAUCCAAGGCAGGGGCAAAUAUAGGCACCAUUUCUCGUACAUCAUCCUUCUUCUGAUGGCUGACCCCUGUAACCAUAGGAAUGAGAAUGCCACUGGCAACGACCCGCGUGCCGUUGGGUUAGGUUUGAUCGCAUUACUGUGCCACACUGCCUGCCUGCUUGCCCUAGGAGUUGAGUGGUUUGCCCGAUACUACACAAAAGCCUCAGGUCCCGGUCAGGUCAGGUCGCUUUUAGAUGAAAUCCCAGACAAAGCCAGCAAGACAGAGGAGUCUGCUAUGAGACGACCCAUACAAAGUUAA